AUGGCAGAAGCCGUUGAUCCAGCAGCUGGCCUGCUGGACGUACCGCUCGAUGACAAGUCAGCCGCUCUCGUCGAAGAGCCGGUAGAAGAACCUGAACCCACCCUAUCCCUCGACGAUCUCCUCUCCGCCCCGGUCAACACCUUGACCAUCGGCCAGGUCUCCGCUACCCUAUCAAAUCAGCCUAUAGCAGACACACCGGCUCUAUGUCUUCGCCUUUUGGGGGGAGACACCGAGGAUCUCGCCCUAGCGAAAGAGAUUCUCCAUCUGGGGCUGGCAAGGGCGGUGGGCGAUUAUAAGGGUUUUGAGGCGUCCCUCGGUAUACCGGGCGGCGGAGAGCUGCAUAGGGGCAAAGUGGAAGCUGCUUGGGGAAAUUUUGGGUCGGAGGAGCAGGAUAGGGUGAGGCGAUACGCGGAGUUGAGCGCGAUGGAACGGAGAGUUGCCGCGUGGGAAAUACUGCAGGGCGGAGUAAUGAAGCAAGAUUUGGGGGAAGACGCGUCCUCUGAAGGGAAGGCUGCUGAGGGAGAUGAGGCGAUGGAGCUGGAUGAUCCCUGGGCGGAGGCAGAAGCGGAAGACAUUGAGAUCGACGACCCGUGGAACGAUGCCGCAUCGGACAAGGCGUCCGCGAAGGGCUCGGUGGUGCCGGUCCCUACACCCCUACCCGCCCCACGCUCUCAGCCGGAUGAUGAGCUCCCUAUCCCUCUCUACGUCUUUCUACGCCAACCACUCCUACAAUCUGCCGUCGACUUCGCUGCGGCCGCUUACCUCUCCGGUCUUCGAGUCCUCCUGGAACAAUUCGCCGAUCUCGUCGGUCCGGUCAGGCUCUCUCUGGCGCAAGCGUGCCCUGAUUGGGUGACGCCUAAGGAGCUGGACGAGGCAGGCCUGCUCCCUCGGGUGGAUGCGGGCGGGAAGGAGGUGCUGCCACCGACUGGCCAUGCGGAGAACACGGCUCCUCUGCUCGCUCAGCUAUACGAGAUGCUCGGUGUCGAGCCGUCUAGCCACCCGGAGCUACCGACAGCAAUCGCUACCACAGUGGAAGAGCUGCAAGACUGGUACUCUGCCCACAUCCUCUCGCUCGAUAUGUCGGGACAGGUCGACCUGCAGCUGAGCUGGGUGCAGCACGCCGAGGAAUGCUGCGUACCCGGUCUGGACGAGCUGGGGGAAGACCUCUCCCUCCUCUCUCGGCUAGUAUACGAGUCCGCGCUCUCUCCUGAGCAACACGAGAGAUGGUCGCUGGAGGCAUGGCGUGCCUCCACCCCAUCCACCAUAAUCGGCGCAUUCCUCUCCAGGUCCUCCCCUACCUCUAUCGUCGCCGACCUCAAAUCCCGAGUCCUACCCUACCUCUACGUCCUCGAGUCUCGGGCAGAACGGUCCGGAUCGCCCGAUCCCAACCUCAUCGAGCGGUACCUAUGCGAAACUAUCCUCUCCCUCCCCCUCUCGAUCUCCCUCCCCAUCUUUGAGGCGUCCAAGGCGACCCUCGGAAAGUCCGACCGGAUCAUCAAGGAUGAUCUGAACGUCGCCCGGCUGGCCUUGGCAUGCCUGUACGGCUCGGACCAGCGGGACGUCUGGGGCGUCAUGUCCUCCAUAUUCGAGUGUCUACCGGUUUGGGAGCUAUCCGGCCGGGACCCCCAAGACGACGCGGAACUGACAUCCACAACACUGGAAUCCAUCGCGGCGUUUAUCCGACCUACUGCCAGCCAGCCCGUCCCACCCAAAGCCGCCGACCUCAUGAUGUUCUUCCAGCCACUCCCGUUCGCUUCGCUCUCACGCGCCCUCGAUAUCCUGGAUGUCCACCUCGAGUCUGGCGAGAUUCUUGCGAGAUGGGACGUCCCUGUCCAGCUCCGAUUCUUGCUCCAGUCGAGCAGGGACGCAAAGGAGCAGGUGGAGCUUGCGGAGAGGAUGACUCGUCUGGGCGGAGCAAGUGGUGGCGAGGAGGCGAAAUGGGCGAGGUUGUGGGAUGAUAUGCUGAGACUGAAUGGGUCGGGAGACCAGCUGUUGAGAGGGGCGUUUGGAAUGGUGGAUGGGGGUGAGUUGAUGAGGGUGUAUCUGGGAGGAUUGUUGAGGUCUGGCAAAUUGGAUAUGGCGCGAAAGACGGUCCGACGGCUCGAGUCGGAACAUAGCUUGAAACCAGAAACGCUGGAGGCUGUCGUUCUUGCCACCAGUCGAGAGCUGUAUGAAGGCGCUGAGAAUGGGAACAUCCACACUGGCGAUAUGAAGACAGCAUACGACUGCUUAUCCAUCGCCCAGCCUACUCCCGCAAUCCAGACGGAACGAUCCUUCAUCGAAGCCACAUCCCGCCUAUCGACCUUCUCCCUCCCUUCGCUCUCACCCCACGGCGGUUCCCUUUCACCCCAGGAGAUCCGACAUACCAAACAUCGCCUCGACCUCAUUUCUUCCGUCCUCGCUCACUCGGCCGAUGCGUUUAGGCACGAGCAGAUGCUUCUCGAUCUAGCGGCCAAGCUGGGCGUGGGGAACCGCAUCGAGAAGGGCCGAGUAUGGGGAAUGAUGGCGGGCGUCGCGGCCGAGCGGGGCGAGUGGGAGAUCGGGGACGAGUACACUGCUAAAGCUGCCGAGGUGGUCCGCGAGGCUCGGGGCGGCCCCGGUGGCGGAGGUGGUGGCGCUGGGGGACGAGGAAGAAAGAAGGCGUCUGACCCCGAAGCGGAGAACAGUCAGAUGGCGCGACUGCGCCAAGAUGUCUGGCGGACUUCAUUGGUCAUUGGAAGCGCGGACGACUACUCGGAUAUUCCGCGCAAGAUGGAUCUACUGGGUCUGGCGGUGGAGCUGUGUCCGCCCGAUGAGGUCGAGAGGGUCUUGACCUCCUGGCGCCGCGUAGAGGACGGGCGGAUCAAGCUCGAUACGGCCGCGAAGAGACGGAGGGUGGAGGGUAUUCCGGGCGGACAGGACCAGAGGGGACAUGCGCGGGGAACCUCGGCUUCCUCUGAGGAGCGGGUGCUUGGAUCUCGAACGGCCGCGCGUGCGGCCAAGAUGGCUUUUGAUAUUGGCGGUCGAUUGGGAUCGCGCAUACCGCCUAUCCCGUUGCAGUUGCCUAAUCUCCCUCGGUCGGCCAGUCCCUCCACUGCGGGCUAUUCGCUUUCGCGCACCACGACGAGGGAGAAUGCGGGAUCGUCAAGUGCGAGAAGUACGAGUGCGGAGAGGAGGGAUGACGGCACCCUGGCGGGGCGAGUGAGCGGGGAGGACGCACAGCCAUUGGGAAUGGAAGACGUGGAGCGGGUUCGAAGGGGCGCGAGACGAGCUUUGAGGCAAGGGGUGGGAUGGUUGCUGGGUGCGGAGGAGGGCGAGAUGUAG